AUGACCAUUCCGAACCCUAUAUUUCCGUCCGCGUCUCGAGCCGACGUGAGAAGUCGGUAUCAGCUGGGGCGGGAGCUGGGCAAGGGCGGCGGCGGCGUGGUUAGGGUUUGCGGUGAUGUGGUGACGGGCGAGGCUGUGGCGGCGUGUAAGAGCAUUCCAAAAUGCAAGCUGCAGCGCAAGGAGGCGCGCGAGGAGCUGCAGGGGGAGGUGGCGGCGAUGCGGCGCGUGGGGGGACACGCGCACGUGGUGGCGCUGCGCGCGCUGUUCGAGGACGCGGAGAGCGUACACCUAGUCAUGGACCUCUGCGCGCACGGCGAUCUCUACGACUACCUCAUCGCGCGCACCACGCUGCCCGAGCCGCUCGCCGCUGACGUCACCAGGCAGAUCCUACUAGCCCUACACCACUGCCACGCGUCAGGAGUGGUGCAUCGGGACAUCAAGCCGGAGAACAUUCUGCUGGCCGCCAGGGACGACGCAGCAGGCAAGCUGCACCUCAAGCUCGCCGACUUCGGCCUGGCCGUGAUGCUGCGAGCGGGGCAGCAAGCGGUGGGCAUGUACGGCAGUGCCGUCUACAUGUCUCCGGAGGUCGUGUGUCGCCGCCCCUAUGGGCCCGCUGUUGACCUCUGGGGGCUGGGCGUCAUCCUCUACACCGCUCUCUCAGGCUACAUGCCGUUUUGGGGCAGCACGGACGAGCAGCUCUUCUUCCGCAUUCUGCGCAACCAGCCCGACUUCACCAUCGCGCCCUGGCCCUCCGUGGCGCCCGCCGCCAUCGACCUCGUGCGCUGGCUGCUCUCCUCCGACCCCGCCCACCGCCCCUCUGCUGCCGCCGCGCUGCACCACCCCUGGCUCGCCCACCACUGCGGCCGCAUCGCCCUCCCCUCGCCCCGCCCUGCCCCGGCCCCGUGUGUUCCGGUGGGGGCGCCUGGGUGGGCGGGCGAGGGCGGUGUGGAUGGUGGCAGGGACGGGAAGGGAGAGGGUGGGCGCGUGAAAGCAGCCGCAGAGGUGGGCGGGGGUGCGGCUGUGGCAGGGGGCGCGGAGGGGGUUGGCAGUGGGAGGGGCAGUGCGGCAGGUGCAGCAGCAGCAGCAGCAGCAGCAGGCGGUGAGAGGGACACGGAGAUGGGCGGUGUGGAGCAGCCGAAGACCACGUGGGACAGCUCUGCAGGCAGUGGGGCAGCGGCAGCGCGAGGAGAGGAAGGGGGCAGGCAGGAUGGGACGCAGGAAGAGCAACGAGAAGAGGAUAGCAGGCGGGAGCAAGGGGCUGGGGCAGCGGCACAUGGCAGCAUGGAUGUGGAUUCACAACAGGGGGCGAGCACAGCGCAGCAGGGGCAGAGCAUGGCACAGCAGGGCGGGCGGCAGAAGCAGCCCAAGGCGCCGCCCAUCCAGCUGCCUCUCUUCACCUCCUUCACCGGCCCUGCCUCGCCCCUCUUCUCCUCGCCCACUGCCAACCGCUCUGCUGCUGGCGCUGGCAGCGGUGGUGGUGGCAGCGGUGUGUUCCUCUUCACUGCUCGCCCUUCAAGUGGCAACACCAGCCACGCAGGGUCGGGAGGGAGCAUGUGGGACAGGGAGGGCAGCAAGGCGAAGCACAAGGAGCAGCAGCGCCACUCGCAUGCACACAAGCAGCAGCAGGAGCAGCAGCGAGGUGCGGCAUCAGCAGCAGCAGCAGCAGCAGCAGCAGCAGCAGGCAGCAAGGACGGGCACAAGGAAGGCACUGCGAAAGCACCCGUGGAGGCUAUAGAGCAGAAGCCCCGCCGGUCGUCGCACUUCCGGUUCUUCUCCCCCAAGCGCAAGGCUCGCCGCUCCCACGUCGUUGUCUCCACCGCCCCGCUCCCUGCCCCUCCGCCGCCUCCCCUCUCAUCCCCGUCCCCAUCCCAGUCCCCUGUGGGCGCGUCUCACCCCAACACCCAGGCCACUCCCCCCGACCGCCCGUCCUCUGCCCCCAUGGCGUCCAUCACCGUCCCCCUCCCCCCUCUCGACCCAACCCAAGAGCUCCCAUCCGUACCUGAGAUCCAGGCUCGGCUAUCCGGGCCUGACGCCAGCACCACCAGCAGCGGCGGCCUGCUCCCCUCCACCAGCGCUCCCGGUGCACCCGCUGCAGCUGCCGCUGCGUCGGAGCCGUCGUUUGGCUUUGGGCGACUGGCGCGGCCGCUGCACGGCAUGGCGGCCCUCAUGCGCCCCGCGUCCCCCUCUGCCUCCUCUCCCGCGCUCGCCCCGUCGCCCUCAGAAUCACCGCAGCACAGCAUGGGGACGGGGACGGGGUGGGCAGCAGCGAGGGCGCACACACACGACGAUGGCUCCACAAGCACAGUGUCGCGCGCACCCCUCACCACCUCUGCCAGCGCUCCCAACGUGGCCACCAUGCCUGCUGGCAGUGCUGCUGCCGGGCCUGGCAGCUCUGCUGCAGCCGGGCCUGCAGUGCCGCAUGCACCUCGCCGCGCCAGAGGGCUCAGCUCCAUCGUGAAGGCAUUCGCCUCUCUCUCCACCGCUGCAGGUCCCCUGGGGAAUGUGGGGUCCGGGCAGCAACACAGUGGGGUGAGCAUGGGUGGCGUGGGCGGUGGUGGUGGUGGAAGAGAGAGUGUGAGGCGUGGAGAGGAUUUGCGCAAGGAGCAGCAAGAGAAUGGAGAGUCGCCGAGUGUGAGUCGCUCAGAAGCGGUUAGUGAAGGCGUGUCAUCAAGGGAUUCGUUCACAUGGCAACGACAGGGUAGCUGGAUCUUUCGACGAUAA